UCUCUCCCAGAUCCUUUAAAACCCUAAUUUCUCUCACCCGGUAAAGAAUAGGAAAAAGAAUACAAAGGCAAAAGAAACCCUGGUCCUGCAAUGGACUUAAAAGCCAUCCAAUGACGUGAAGGUCAUCUCAAAACCCUAACAAGUGUAGCUCAGUAAGGAGGGUCGGAUUCUGAGACUGAAAUAUCGAUUUCAGUAGGCGAUACUCUUCGUCGGAACCUGUUCACCAGAACCUCAAUUUUGUCACUUGAUUCUGUUUUACAGCUUGAAUUCAACUUAGAUCUAUAAUCUGAUUAAAAAUGGACAAAUCACUAGAAGUUUUGAGCGCUGCAGCCGCGUCAGUUUCGACCCCAUCUACCAAGCAACGACUUCAGAUCUUCCGCAACGAUAUACCGUCGGUUCUGAACAAUUCAGAAAUGUCAGUUGAGCAUGCAUCACUAUUGGUAGAUAUAGUUUUCCAGACAUUGUUUAUUUAUGAUGAUCGAGUGUCAAGAACAGCCGUAGAUGAUGUGAUUGUAAAAGCCUUGGGUGAGCUUGCUUUUAUGAAGGGUUUUGCUGCUGCACUAGUUCAGGCCAUAGAAAAGCAGUUAAAGUUCCAGUUGCAUAGAGUCUGCUUCAAACUUCUCAAAUGGUCUUGCCUUCUCUUAAGUAAGAGCCAGUUUACAACUGUAUCAAAGAAUGCAUUGUGGAAAGUAGCUGCAUUGCAGGCAUCCUUGCUUCAGAUUGCUUUGCAGGGCUCCUUCCACAUGCAAAAGGCUUGCAAGAAAAUAUUUGUUCAUCUAUUCUCUCAGUCUUCGAACGUUUUCAAAGUGUAUGUAGAGGAGCUAAAUGGUUCAAGAAUUCCUUUUAAAGAUAGUGCCAAAUUAAUAUGGUUAUUGCUAGAUUUCUCAUGUACAGACCCUUCUCUGUUUGAGCAAUGCAAGGCUGUAUUUCUUGAAAUGUAUGUCAAAGCUGUUCUUAACUCCAAGGAGAAGCCCACAAAGGGUCUCAGUGAAGCAUUUCAUCCUCUUUUCAUGAAAAUGUUGCAUGAAGACUUUAAAAAUAUUGUGGUUCCAUCAUCUGUUAAAAUGCUAAAAAGGAACCCAGAAAUUGUAUUGGAGUCAGUUGGUGUUCUCUUGAAGUCAAUCAACCUUGAUUUAAGCAAAUAUUCUGUAGAAAUUCUUUCAGUGGUAUUGCCACAAGCCCGUCAUAGUGAUGAAGAGCGAAGGCAUGGGGCUCUGUCAAUUGUUAAGUGUUUGAGCCAAAAAUCUAGUGAUCCAGAUGUUCUGCUUGCAAUGUUUAAUGCUGUGAAGGCAGUAAUUGGAGGUUCAGAAGGGAGACUAGCAUUUCCUUACCAGAGGAUUGGAAUGAUCAAUGUACUGCAAGAAUUGUCAAAUGCUCCUGAUGGAAAAUCACUCAACAGCUUGGCAUCUUGCAUCUGUACAUUUCUUUUGUCCUGUUACAAGGAGGAUGGAAAUGAAGAGGUCAAACUUGCAACCUUAUCUGCAAUGGCUUCUUGGGCAGUGCGAUCUGCUGAAGCAGUUCAACCAGAUAUUGUUUCUUUUUUUGUUUCUGGCCUCAAGGAGAAAGAAACUCUAAGACGGGGGCAUCUUCGUUGCCUCCGAAUUAUAUGCAAGAAUCCUGAUGUCUUUGUGAGGUUAUCAUCUUUGUUUGGGCCUCUUGUCCAACUGGUGAAAACCGGUUUUACAAAAGCAGCACAGCGGUUGGAUGGAAUUUAUGCAUUUCUUUUGGUUGCCCAAAUUGUAGCCGUUGAUAUUAAAGCAGAGGAUAUUGUGUCAAAAGAAAAGAUCUGGUCGUUGAUAUCUCAAAAUGAUUCUUCAGUGGUGUCUAUUUCAUUUGCUUCAAAACUACYGAGUGAGGAUUUAAUGGCAUGCAUUGAUCUUCUUGAGGUGCUUCUGGUGGAACAUCUGCAAAGAGUGUUGAAUACUUUUUCUGUCAGAUCACUAUUACAGUUAAUAAUCUUUCUCAUAUGCCAUCCAAGCUGGGAUGUUCGUCGGGUGGCCUAUGAUGCUACAAAGAAGAUCAUCACUGCUGCCCCAAAGUUGUCUGAAGAUCUUUUGCUUGAGUUUGCAAAACUUCUCUCUGUAGUUGGAGAUAAAAUGCAUUUUCUGAAAACAAGUGACACAGAAAGUGCGGUUGAUGCUCAAGUGCCCUUCCUUCCAACUAUUGAGAUUUUAGUGAAGGCUUUGCUUGUGAUUUCAUCACCUGCUCUAGCUGCUGCAUCAAGUGCAAGUUCAAGGCUUAUAUUCUGCUCACAUCAUCCAUGCAUUGUUAGCAGUGCAAACAAAGAUUCUGUAUGGAGGAGGCUCCGAAGGAGUCUAAAAAGGGAUGGACUUGACAUUGUUUACAUUAUCAGUGAAGAUGUUGCAAAUGUGUGCAAGGAUCUGUUAGGACCUAUGGGAUUAAUGAGUUCUAAUCCUCUUGAAAGACAGGCAGCAAUAAGUUCUUUAUCAUCCUUGAUGUCUAUUACACCUAAGGAAACAUACUUAGAAUUUGAGAAGCACUUGAACCAUCUUCCUGAUCUGUCUUUACAUGAUUCACUUUCAGAGAGCGAAAUUCAGAUUUUCCACACUCCUGAAGGAAUGCUCUCCAGUGAGAAGGGUGUUUACAUUGCAGAGACUGUUGCUACUAAAAACACGAAGCUUGCAAAGGGUCGUUUUCGUGUUUAUGAUGACCAAGAUGACAUGGAUAAUGUCAAAUCUAAUCAUGCAGUGCAGCGUGAGCCUGCUAAGAGAGAAACUACUGCGGUUGGAAAAAAGGACUCUGGGAAGACAACAAAGAAAACUGACAAGGGAAAAUCUGCGAAGGAAGAGGCAAGGGAGUUAUUACUUAGGGAGGAGGCAUCUAUUCGUGAGAAGGUUAGCGGUAUACAGAGAAACCUCUCUUUGAUGCUGAGCGCUCUUGGAGAAAUUGCUGUUGCUAAUCCUGUAUUUACACACAGCCAGUUGCCCUACCUGGUUAAGUUUGUUGACCCUUUACUGCGGUCACCAGUAGUAAGUGACGCCGCAUUUGAAUCCAUGAUAAAGCUCUCAAAAUGUGUGGCGUCACCUCUGUGUAACUGGGCUCUUGAUAUUGCUGCUGCUUUGCGCAUAAUUUCAACUGUGGAAAGGCAUGCCAUCUGGGGGCUAUUUCCUUCAAUUGGUGAAGGGGAAUCACAAGAAAGCCCAUCAAUGGGACUCUUUGAGAGAAUAGUUCAGGGUUUAUUGACAUCGUGCAAAAAUGGACCUCUUCCUGUGGACUCCUUUACUUUUGUAUUCCCGAUUAUGGAGCAGAUAUUGUUGUCUUCUAAGAAGACAAGACUUCAUGAUGAUGUUCUGCGGAUACUUUCCUUACAUUUGGAUCCCAUAUUACCUCUCCCUAGGAUUCAAAUGCUAUCAGUUCUCUACCAUGUUCUUGGUGUUGUUCCAGCAUAUCAAGCAUUAGUUGGACCAAUGUUAAAUGAGUUAUGUCUGGGUUUACAACCAGAAGAACUAGCACCUGCCCUUUGUGGAGUAUAUGCCAAAGAUGUCCAUGUGCGGCUUGCCUGCCUAAAUGCUAUAAAAUGUAUUCCUUCUGUUGCUAGGCGUUCUAUUUGCCAGGAUGUUGAUGUUGCAACAAGCAUUUGGAUUGCCCUGCAUGAUCCAGAAAAGUCAGUUGCAGAGGCAGCUGAGGAGAUAUGGGAUCAUUAUGAGAAUGAUUUUGGUACCGAUUAUUCGAGACUUUUUGCUGCACUUUCUCAAUGCAACUAUAAUGUCCGUUUAGCAGCUGGUGAGGCAAUUGCUGCAGCCUUGGAUGAAAGUCCAGAGACUAUCCAGGAAACUCUUUCAACAUUAUUUUCUUUAUAUAUCCGUGACAUUGGUUCUGGAGGGGACAACAUGGAUGCUUGUUGGCUUGGGAGGCAAGGAAUAGCUCUGGCAUUACAUUCUGCUGCUGAUGUCCUUAGUACGAAGGACCUUCCUGUUGUCAUGACUUUUCUCAUUUCACGAGCUCUGGCUGACCCAAAUACAGAUGUUCGUGAAAGAAUGAUUAAUGCUGGGAUCGUCAUAAUUGAUAGGCAUGGAAGAGAUAAUGUGUCUUUGCUAUUUCCUAUUUUUGAAAACUAUCUAAAUAAAAAGGCAUUGGAUGAAGAAAAAUAUGAUUUAGUACGUGAAGGAGUUGUUAUUUUUACCGGAGCUUUGGCGAAACAUUUGGCCAAGGAUGAUCCUAAAGUUCAUACUGUUGUUGAGAAAUUGUUGGAUGUAUUAAACACUCCAUCAGAAGCUGUACAACGUGCUGUCUCUACCUGCCUAUCUCCACUGAUGCAGUCUAAGCAAGAGGAUGCUCAGGCACUUGUUUCUAGGCUGUUGGAUCAAUUGAUGACUAGUGAUAAAUAUGGGGAACGCCGUGGAGCUGCAUUUGGACUUGCUGGUGUUGUUAAAGGAUUUGGAAUUUCUUCGCUGAAAAAGUAUGGAAUUGUUGCUGUAUUAAGAGGAGGCCUGGAAGACAGGAAUUCUGCAAAAUCUCGUGAAGGUGCUCUACUGGCAUUUGAGUGCCUAUGUGAGAAGCUUGGUAGAUUAUUUGAGCCGUAUGUAAUUCAAAUGUUGCCCUUGCUUUUGGUAUCUUUCUCCGACCAGGUUGUUGCUGUCCGUGAAGCUGCUGAAUGUGCUGCUCGUGCUAUGAUGUCUCAACUUAGUGGUCAGGGAGUGAAACUUGUUCUCCCUUCACUUUUGAAGGCUCUAGAAGAUAAAGCUUGGCGAACAAAGCAAAGUAGUGUACAACUACUUGGUGCUAUGGCUUACUGUGCUCCUCAACAACUCUCUCAAUGUCUCCCUAAGAUUGUGCCUAAACUUACAGAGGUUCUGACAGAUACUCAUCCUAAAGUCCAGUCAGCAGGGCAGAUGGCCCUUCAGCAGGUUGGGAGUGUAAUAAAGAACCCUGAAAUAUCUUCUCUUGUCCCUACCCUCUUGAUGGGUCUUACUGAUCCCAAUGAUUAUACAAAGCACUCUCUCGAUAUUCUUCUUCAAACAACUUUUGUUAAUUCAAUUGAUGCCCCUUCACUGGCUUUAUUGGUACCUAUAGUUCAUAGAGGCUUAAGGGAGCGAAGUGCUGACACGAAAAAGAAAGCAGCACAGAUAGUUGGAAAUAUGUGCUCAUUAGUAACAGAACCAAAGGAUAUGAUUCCUUACAUAGGUUUACUCCUUCCUGAAGUCAAAAAGGUUCUUGUGGAUCCUAUUCCAGAAGUUCGAUCUGUUGCAGCCAGGGCUCUUGGUUCUCUUAUUAAAGGAAUGGGGGAAGAAAAUUUCCCAGAUCUUGUCCCAUGGUUGUUAGAUACGCUUAAAUCUGAUAAUAGCAAUGUGGAACGCUCUGGAGCUGCCCAAGGUUUGAGUGAGGUUUUAGCAGCUCUUGGGAGGGAUUACUUUGAGCACACACUCCCUGAUAUUAUUAGGAACUGCUCUCAUCAAAGGGCAUCUGUACGUGAUGGGUAUUUAACAGUGUUCAAGUAUUUGCCAAGAUCAUUUGGUGUCAUGUUCCAGAACUAUUUGCAGCAGGUGCUACCUGCUAUUUUAGAUGGCCUUGCUGAUGAGAAUGAAUCUGUUCGUGAUGCUGCACUCAGUGCUGGGCAUGUUCUGGUCGAACAUUAUGCAACAACAUCAUUGCCACUGCUACUUCCAGCUGUAGAAGAUGGUAUUUUCAAUGAUAAUUGGCGUAUUCGACAAAGCUCUGUUGAACUUUUGGGUGACCUUCUUUUCAAGGUUGCUGGUACAUCUGGAAAAGCGAUUCUUGAGGGUGGUAGUGAUGAUGAAGGUUCAAGUACUGAAGCACAUGGCCGUGCUAUUAUAGAGGUACUUGGAAGGGAUAAGCGUAAUGAGGUCCUUGCUGCUGUAUAUAUGGUGCGAACUGAUGUCAGCUUAUCAGUACGGCAGGCUGCCUUGCAUGUAUGGAAGACUAUAGUAGCAAACACUCCUAAGACUCUCAAGGAAAUAAUGCCAGUUUUGAUGAAUACCCUCAUCACUUCUCUUGCAUCUUCGUCAUCUGAAAGGCGUCAGGUUGCUGGGCGAUCGCUGGGUGAGCUUGUCAGAAAGCUUGGUGAAAGGGUCCUUCCUCUGAUUAUCCCAAUCUUAUCGCAAGGUCUAAAAGACCCUAAUACUAGCAGAAGACAAGGUGUAUGCAUUGGUCUGAGUGAGGUGAUGGCUAGUGCUGGUAAAAGUCAGUUGUUGAAUUUCAUGGAUGAGCUCAUUCCUACUAUUCGGACAGCUCUUUGUGAUAGUAUGCCUGAGGUUCGUGAGUCUGCUGGCCUAGCGUUCAGUACUCUAUACAAGAGUGCGGGAUUGCAAGCAAUUGAUGAGAUUGUCCCAACACUUUUACAUGCUCUGGAAGAUGAUGAAACAUCUGAUACUGCCCUUGAUGGUCUCAAGCAAAUCUUGAGUGUCAGGACUGCAGCUGUUUUGCCCCAUAUCCUGCCCAAGCUGGUCCAGCUUCCCCUCUCAGCCUUUAAUGCACAUGCUUUGGGAGCAUUAGCAGAAGUUGCUGGACCUGGGCUUAAUUUUCACCUUGGGACUAUACUUCCGGCUUUAUUAUCUGCAAUGGGUGAUGAUGACACAGAGGUUCAAAAUUUGGCAACAAAGGCUGCAGAAACAGUGGUGUUGGUCAUUGAUGAGGAGGGUGUAGAUUCUUUGGUGUCAGAACUUCUUAAAGGUGUCAGUGAUAACCAGGCUUUAAUUAGAAGAAAUUCUUGCUAUCUAGUAGGAUAUUUCUUCAAAAACAGCAAAUUAUAUUUGGUUGAUGAAGCCCCAAACAUGAUCUCCACGCUUAUCAUUUUGCUAAGUGAUACAGAUUCAGCUACUGUAGCGGUUGCUUGGGAAGCUUUAUCUAGGGUUGUUGGUUCAGUUCCUAAAGAAGUACUCCCAUCGUACAUAAAACUAGUCCGUGAUGCUAUAUCUACAUCUAGAGAUAAAGAACGUAGAAAAAGGAAGGGUGGACCAGUCCUUAUACCUGGGUUCUGCCUUCCAAAAGCUCUUCAGCCAUUACUUCCUAUCUUUCUCCAGGGUCUCAUAAGUGGCUCAGCAGAAUUAAGAGAGCAAGCAGCACUGGGUUUGGGGGAUUUGAUUGAGGUGACCAGUGAGAAAACAUUGAAGGAUUUUGUUGUCCCAAUAACAGGGCCUCUUAUUCGGAUUAUAGGUGACCGGUUCCCUUGGCAAGUAAAGAGUGCCAUUCUCUCAACCCUGUGCACCAUAAUAAGCAAAGGUGGAAUUGCAUUGAAGCCAUUUCUUCCACAGCUUCAGACAACAUUUAUCAAAUGCCUACAAGAUAAUGCAAGGACGGUGCGUUCAAGCUCUGCCCUUGCACUUGGAAAGCUUAGUGCCCUAAGUACUCGUGUUGAUCCUUUAGUGAGCGACCUGCUGUCCACUUUGCAGGCAUCAGAUGGCGGGGUCCGGGAGGCUGUUCUGACUGCACUCAAAGGUGUCCUAAAGCAUGCUGGAAAGAGUGUGAGCAGUGCUGUUAGAGCCCGUGUAUACAUUUUGCUUAAAGAUUUGAUAUCAGUAGAAGAUGAUCAAGUUCGUAGUUCUUCCGCUAGAGUAUUGGGAACCAUAUCACAGUACAUGGGAGAAGAUGAGCUGCUUAACGUUCUUGACAUGCUAUCAAAUUUGGCUUCAUCUCCUACCUGGUCUGCAAGGCAUGGUUCUGUCCUCACAAUCUCUUCGGCAAUUAGGCACAAUCCUUCCAUGAUUUGCCUGUCCCCUGCUUUUCCUUCAUUUGCAGAGCACCUUAAAGAUAUGUUGAAAGAUGACAAGUUCCCUGUGCGUGAGACGGCAACCAAGGCAUUGGGAAGGCUCCUACUUCACCAAACCAAGAGUGUAUCUGUUAAUACCACUGCUCAGUUGGAAUUCCUUCCAUAUGUGGUAUUGACUUUACAGGAUGACUCAAGUGAAGUCAGAAGAAGAGCAUUAUCUGGUCUUAAAGCAAUUGCAAAGCAGGCAAAUCCUUUGGCUAUUAAGCCCUGUCUUACAAAUUUGGGUCCUGCACUGGCUGAAUGUUUGAAAGAUGGAAACACACCUGUGCGUCUAGCUGCUGAAAGAUGUGUUUUUCAUGUCUUCCAACUGACAAAAGGUACAGAAAAUGUCCAAGCUGCACAGAAGUAUAUCACCGGUUUGGAUGCUCGUCGUAUAUCAAAGCUUCCUGAGCACAGUGAUGGAAGCGAUGACAGUGAAGAUGAUGUUGCAAGUGGCUGACAGAUUGAUGGUUUUCUUCACUCAUUUUAAUUCUAAAGUCCCACCAUUCAGAAGAAUUUGCUUGUAAUGCUUGAUUUAAAGUUCUCCCUUUGCCUUCAACAAAAAUUUUCCAGGUGGAAUUGGUUCCUUCUGCAUUGGCAUGCUUGAUAAAAAAAAAUUAGAGCAGAGAAAGGGAAGGUGCUUGGUUUGGUGGAACCCAAUUUUUCCUCAACUGAAGCUUCUAUUGAGGCCAUGUAAUAUUGUAUACGACUUGAUAUAGACCACAAUGUAUAUUUUUCAUUUUUUGUUUCAAAGAAUUUGUUCUGGCAUGAAAUAUCAGAUGGAUGCAGGAGUUGUCCUGAUCCAACUUUACAAGAUUGACUUGACAACGCAAAUGACCAGAAUAUGAUUUUUGUCAACCUUUGUCAAAGACAUGGAAAGGGAAGCUGAUAUAGUAAUUAAAUGUGCUUUUUUUUUUCUCCCA